AUGUCUUUCCCCAGUAAAUUAAUGAUCAUUACAGAUACCGAAUCUAUUUUUCGUACGAAACUGAAAAAUUCUAUUCGAAAUAUUUGUCCUGAAGUUGUCCUAACUCUGACUCUCUUGAAAAUAAUCUUUCCGGUCGUAACUACGCAGCUGGAAUCGAAUAAAAGACAUUUAUUAUCUUUGAAAGCUCAUCUAUUGUGCCCGAUAAAUACACGUAGGAGAAAGUUAUAA